AUCACAUUUUGAGGGAGGUAAUAUCGGGAGUGGUCGUGUGGAAGUAUUUCUACGAGGCAAAUAUGGCGCAAUUUGUGAUAACGGUUGGGAUUUACGGAACGCUGAUGUCGUCUGCAAGCAGAUUGGAUUUCUACGAGGAGCAAUUAGAGCAACAACAGGUGGUAAACUUGGCAAGGCGAGUAAAUACGUCAUGGACGAGGUCGAAUGUGACGCACGUGCGCAGAACGUCAUUGAAUGUAACUGGGAAAGACCAGAGGAAUGUGGUACAGAAAAAGCUGCCGGUGUAGAAUGUGAGCUUAAUGAUGGUUGUCCAGAUGGAUGGGUAACCGGUCCUACAGGAUGUUAUCAGAUUUUACCUAACACUGUUACCAGACGAGAGUUCGCUGUCAAAAAAUGCGCGGCACGUGGAGGACAUCUGAUAAAUAUAGAAACGGCGAGCGAAAAUCACUUCAUCUCACAUGCUUUCUGGAACGAAUCUUCAGGUCCGAUACUUACCGGCGGGAUCAAGGUUGGCGGCAAGUGGCUGUGGGAGAAGGUAUCAACAGAAAAUAAUGAUAAAGGCACCAAAAUGACCAGACAGGUUCCAAUAGAAGAAUUCAGUUGGUUUCCCGGCUGGCUACCAGGGAGAUACCAAGCAGAACCUACCGGCAAAAAGAAGGAACGCUGUCUGUAUCUUUCGAAUACAUUUAAACAUCCAAACGGAAGUGACGUCAGUGUAGGUUAUCACUUUUGGCUAAACGACCGAUGUUCAAGCACUAAGAAGCGUCUUAGUUCAGGGUUUCGAUACAUCUGUGAAAGGGCACCGGAAUGGACGGAUGUUGGCUGCUACAGUGGUAUUGGCAUAAACUACCGAGGUUCGGCGUCGUUCACUAAAAAAGGUACUCCGUGCAUGAAAUGGACCGACGCUACUGAUAUAAACCCUGAGACAUACCCUGGAAAGGGUUUAGGAGACCACAAUCACUGUCGUAAUCCAGACAGCGACGAGUCACCAUGGUGUUGGAUAUCUGAAGGAAAUUUUGAAUUUUGUAACAUCCCGAAAUGUCCAGCCGAAGAUGGUCCUGAGAUAAUUGAAACUAAACCUGGCACGGACUUUCAGAAUGCAAUUAGAAACACCGUCCAGACACAAUCUUCCCGAAGUAUCGUGUCAGAAUCAAGGGAUGAAGAAGAACUGGAUACUAGUGGCAUAGCGGAAGGUGAAAUAGGUGUAAACAGUGAAGCUGAAGGUAGUAACACGAGAGAAAUCGGAACGGAUGACGAUAUAAAAACUAAAAACGGAGAAGAAAAUGAAAUAGAAAAUAAAAGUUACAUUUUGACAGACCAUGAUAUAGAAACAGAUGCUGUUGACAAAGAUCAAGAAACUGACACCACUGCAGGAACUAGUAAUGAGCAACGAACCGAAAAAGAUGAUAAGGAAGAAAAACAUAAAGUAGAUAAUGGAGAUUAUGAAACGAUUAAACAUGUCGAAAGUGAACAUAGUAACGAUAGAACGGACGGUCAUGUCAAAACUGACAAUGCCGAUUCUGAGACAGAUGACAAGAAAACUGUUCAAUCCAACGACGACAAGGAAAACGAAAGAGAUGAUGAUGGAGGAACGGAAACAAGUGACCAUUCUGAAACUGAAAACAAUAACAAUAUAGAAAACGAAAACAAAAUGAUUCUUCUUUCUGAAAUAGGAGAGAAUAGAAAAACUGAAACAAGUAACAAUUCAAACUCGGAGACAGGGAACAGGGGCACGGAUAAUUAUAGGAAGUCUGAAAUAGGGACAACUAGCAGACCUAUGGGCUACAAUGGAGAAAGGGAAUCGGACAAAGACACAAACACUGUCACAGGCAGCAAUUUAACAACUGAAACUGUCCACACCUUAGAACCAGAAAGACGUAAUGACUUAGAAACUAGGAAAGAAAAUGAUUUAGGCAUUGAAAAAGACACUGAUUUAGAAAUUGAAGGAAACAAAUAUAUUGAAACUGAAAAAGACAAACAGCCAGAUACAGAAAAAGUUCAUGACUUAGAAACAGAUAAAGGCAAUGACUUAGAAACAGAAAAGGGCAAUGACUUGGAGAUUGAAUCAGAAAACAACACAGUUACUGUUACGAGCGACGAAUCUGAUGCAGAUAAUGGAGUCGAUAGCAAUGUAAUUGAUAUCAACAAUGGAAUUGAACCUGAAGCGGCAGAUGAAUUCGAAACAAAUACAAACGGAGUACAAGGAUCAGAUACAACAUGCCAUACUGAUGAAUUCCGUUGCCAAGACCGCUGCAUUCCGGUUCACUGGCGAUGUGACAUGGAACCAGACUGUAAAGAUGGUGAAGACGAGGGUCCGGACUGUGAUUACCAGUUACCAUUAUUUAAGUUGACGAAUGGACUAACUGUUCGUAGCUAUCAAAUUGAGACAUAUGCAGGAGCAACAAAUGAGACUUGUGCCAGGUAUUGCUUGAAUUCGAAACGGUUUGUUUGUCGAUCGUUCUCGUUUAGUGCUCGAACCCGGGAGUGUUUAUUAUCCCAUCACACAAGCGAAACUGAAGGAUUUAAGGAAUCGAGGAGAGAAAACUUAUAUGAACUUCUUUCCCAACUUAAUGACUGUGAAGGGCUGUUCCGCUGUCAGAAUGGCCGCUGUUUGGCUAAUGAUAAAGUAUGUGACGGUACGGAUGAUUGUGACGACUUUUCCGACGAGGCGGACUGUGGUAGAGAUGAACCUGUUGCUGUAAGAUUAAAAGGUGGUACCAAACUUGCUGGACGGGUCGAAGUUUUAUACAAGGGAGAAUGGGGUACCAUAUGUGACGAUAAUUGGGAUGAAAAUGAUGCAACUGUCGUCUGUCAUAUGUUGGGAUUCAACGGACCUUCGGAAGCUCUUGCUAGAUCUUACUACGGCAGUGGUGAGGGUAACAUUUUACUGGACGAGGUAGCAUGUACAGGAAAUGAAACAUCAAUAGAACAAUGUGAGCACACUGGCUGGAAGAAACAUGACUGCUACAUCUGGGAAAUAGCGUCUGCCAAAUGCUCCGAAAAGAAAGAUUCUACAUGUGAUGCUGACAAAGAAUUUUUUUGUAAAGCCGACUCGAGCUGCAUAUCUCUGAACAAAGUUUGUGAUGGAACAUGCAAUUGCACGGACUGUGCAGACGAAAAAACAUGUAAUUCUAUAAUUGAGCUAAUUGGGGGUGAAUCCCCAGCAGAGGGGCGAGUUGAGUUAAUUCUCAACGGUAUAAGAGGUACCAUCUGUGAUGAUUAUUUUGAAGAUGAAGAUGCAAAUGUCGUCUGCAAUAUGCUUGGAUAUAGCCUGGGAACUCCAGUUAAAGAUUCUAUAUUUGGAGCUGGCAAUGGGACUAUUUGGAUGGAUGAUGUUAAAUGUAUUGGAAAUGAGACUGACAUUAUAACAUGUCCGCACUAUGGACCACGUGAUCAAAACUGUGGACAUGAUGAAGAUGUGGGUGUUAUUUGCGCAACCAUUGAUGAUGUGAUAACUGUGGAACUUGAAGAUGGUACCGAUCAUAGUGGUCGAGUGAUACUGACAAGGCACAACGAGAAGGGAACCAUUUGUGAUGAUAGCUGGGACGAUGAAGAUGCUACCGUUAUUUGUAGAAUGCUUGGAUUUCGGGACGGAAAGGCAUUGACAGGAGAUUAUUUUGGUCCUGGAGAUGCUAAUAUGGCAAUAUUUUUAGACGACGUCCAGUGUAAGGGAGACGAGCUAUCCAUAGAACUUUGUGGACACUCGGAUUGGCUUGUACAUAAUUGUGAGCAUAAAGAAGACGCUGCAGUGACAUGUAGACAAGCAGAUGACACGGCGGAAGUGACCACCUCCACCACUACUCCUCCUUCUACUACUAUAGGUGUCACACAAUCACCUUCACCGUCUCCUGAGAAUUCCGAUUGUCUUAGCCCUGGUGCUCCAUACACUGGCAAGAAAGCCGUAACAGAACUUGGUUUUGAGUGUCAAUCUUGGCAUUUGAACUCGCCACACAAGCACAAACAUCAUGAUGACUCCGCGUUUCCUGACGGGUCUGUGAUGGCAGCAAAGAACUACUGUAGAUCUCCAGAUGGAGACAGUGUACCUUGGUGUUACACAACACACCCAGAUGAACGAUGGCAAUAUUGCAAAGUUCCUAAAUGUAAAGUGAACUGCUUCUCAGUUGCGUCAAAGUAUACUGGGCACACAUUAAAAACUACUUCCGGUCACACGUGUCAAAGAUGGUCCUUGGAUAUCCCUCAUCAGCAUAAAUAUCAUACUGACGAUCAGUUCGCGGAUGGAAGUGUGGAUGCGGCAGCUAACUAUUGCAGGGCACCAGAUGGUGACGUAACACCCUGGUGUUACACAACUGAUGUUAAUGAAAGAUGGGAGUACUGUAACAUCUCAAAAUGUGCUGGAGGCUUUAGUUUUAACCAGAGUUGUGGUCUUCGUCCUCUUGAAAACGACCGAGACCGUAGAGAUGUUACGGAACCAGAUGAAUCUUACGGCUUAGACUAUUUGCCAUACCGAAAGAUGGGUAGGAUUUACGGCGGGACAAAGGCUUCUUACGGGAUGUAUCCAUGGCAAGCGGGAAUACGGCGACGGUUGUCUGGUUUCUUAGGCUAUCAUUUACACCACUGUGGUGGCACUAUAAUUGGAGAAUAUUGGAUUCUUAGUGCUGCACAUUGUUUCAGGGAUUCGAGUAAAGGUCAGAUUAUUAUACGUACUGGGGACCUAGAUUCCGGACAUUUAGAUACAUAUGAACAAGAGUUUGAUGUGGAAACCAUUAUCCGGCAUGAAAGAUACAACUCACAAGACUAUGAUUAUGAUAUAGCAUUAGUUAAAAUACGACCUAUUCAUGGAAGAGGUAUAGUUUUCAACGACUAUGUACAGCCAGCCUGUCUCCCAAAUGUAACAACGGAGUACAAGCCGGGGUAUAAAUGCCUGAUUUCUGGCUGGGGCGAACAUGAAGAUGAUGAACGGAGUGUAUAUAUGAAAGCUGCACGUGUUCCUUUGGUGGAUCGGUGGACGUGUAACAAACUUUAUAAACAAACAAUUACAUCCAAUAUGGCCUGUGCCGGAUUUCUUGCUGGCGGUGUUGACACGUGCGCCGGUGAUUCUGGCGGCCCGCUUGUGUGUAAAAUUAACAAUAAAUACACUGUUAUGGGAGUAGUUUCGUUCGGCGAAGGGUGUGCUGUACCAAAUGCACCAGGGGUGUAUGCCCGAGUAGCUGCAUUCGUUCCAUGGAUUAAAGAAAAACUCGCGUCAAAUAGUUAAUUUAUUAGUAAUUUAGUAUCAAAGGAUGUAUAUAUUAAUGCGUAUUUAAAGUGUAAAACACCGGCAUAUAAUUGAUGUAUUUACAAAGUUUCACGAAGAACAUGUAGUGAAUGAAGAAUACCACCAGUUUUAUUCAGAUUAUUACCUUGAUUAUUUCAAGAUUGCCGCCAUUUUGGCUGGUAUCAUUCCCUGGAUCCGCCAGUUUGGGUGGUAUUAUAAUAUUAUUACAUACUCUUCAAACACACGUAGUUGUUUCCCUUUAUACCGUUUUGAAAGACCUGUUACUGAUCAUUAACUAAUGGCAUUUUUCGAUGGUGAAAGCGAACAUGUCAUUGUUUGUAAGUUGGAUAUUUGAUGAUUGACAAAUCCAUACAGUUUAAGCAUUUCUGUGGUAUAAAAAUUAGACUUGUUGGAACAAACAAAUGUUUCCAAUAGUUCAUUGUCUCAUUUAACUGUGUUAAAGCAAAGCGAACUGACAUUUAGUUCAACUAUCCGUUGUAUGUUGUAUUAUUUUGUCUUGUAUGGUAAAACGGUCCAAGUUUUUACAUAGUCUGCUUGACAUUAAUGCAUGGUUUACAUCAUUGAAACAGGUAAUACUAUACAUUAUUGUGUUCAUGCUAUACUUUUUUUUUGGUUCUGUUUUCUUUUUCAGUGUUUAUCCGUUUUCACUAGUAAUUUACUUGGCUUACGUUAUCUUUUAACAAAACAUUUUUUUUUACUUAAAAAAACCACACAGAAUAAAGUUUAUAGAUCUCA